UAAACGUUGGGAAAAAAUGUAAAAAGUCAAGAUGUGGUUUGUUUUCUGAGAGAGAAGUGUUUUUCUUCUUGUUCCUUUUUAAAGCACGUCAACGAUUAUAAAGUAAUUAUAAAUAUUUUGGAGAAGUUGUGAAUAUACAGAAACACAUCUGACUAUGAUGUUAAACUUUUCUAAGUUGUGAGAGAUAGUUUUAUUUUACUUUCACUUUCAUCGUUGGGCAGUGAUGGCGCAGAAAUAAUCAGCGGGGGUUUAAAACCGACUGUUGGGCUGCAGCUGAGCUUCUUCUGGUGUUUCCAGCACAGAGACAGCAUGGCAGCUGCCACAGCAUUUGAGGGAAACAAGGAGAGGCCUCUGAGCCACAGCAGCAGCUGUCCGAUUCUUCCCCCCUCCAUGUCUGAGCUGAGGGUUGUUCUGCUGGGGAACAGCUGGUCUCAGAGGAGUUCAGUGGGGAACUUCAUACUGGGAGAGACUAAGUUCAACACUGAGGAAGAACCAGACUGCUGUCUGACAGAAAGAGGACAGAUAAAGGACAAAGAAAUAGUUCUGAUCAACACUCCAGAUCUGCUGCAUCUCAACAUCUCUGAAGACAAACUGUCAGAACAUGUAGAAGACUGUGUGAGACUCUCUGAUCCUGGACCUCAUGUGUUCCUGCUGGUUCUACAGCCUGAAGACUUCACUGAGGAACACAAACUGAGACUCUGCAGAGUCCUGAAACUCUUCAGUGAUCAAUCAUUUGAUCAUUCAUUGAUACUGAUAUCAACACCCAGAGAGGAGAGUUCAGGUUUCAAAGAUGAACCAGACCAGCCCUUAAAAGACAUGAUCAGAAUGUGUAGAUACAGAUACCUGAAGCAGAAGAACCUUGAACAUCCAGAGCUGUUAACACGACUGGGUCAAACUGCAAAGGAGAACAAUGGAGAGCAUGUGAGCUGUGAUGUGUUUGAGGACGAGGAUGCAGGUCUGAUAAUGACACCAAGGUCUGAACACAUCAGAGCAGCUUUAAACCUGGUCCUGUGUGGGAGGAGAGGAGCAGGGAAGACUUCAGCAGCCAAGGCCAUUUUAGGUCAGACAGAGCUUCAUUCAGUCUCCAGCUCAUCAGAGUGUGUUAAACAUCAGGGAGAGGUGUGUGGACGUUGGGUUUCCCUGGUGGAGCUGCCUGCCUUGUAUGGAAAACCUCAGGAGGCAGUGAUGCAGGAAUCAUUCAGGUGUAUCUCCCUCUGUGAUCCUGAGGGCGUCCAUGCCUUCAUCCUGGUCCUACCUGUGCGUCCCCUCACUGAUGAAGACAAGGGAGAGUUAGAGACCAUCAGGAACACAUUCAGCUCUCGAGUCAAUGACUUCACCAUGAUCCUGUUCACUGUGUACUCAGAUCCUACAGCCCCAGGCAUCGUGAAGUUCAUAAGUAAAAACAAUGGCAUCCAGGAGCUCUGUCAGAGCUGUGGAGGAAGAUAUGUUGUUCUCAACAUCAAGGACCAGCAGCAGAUCCCAGAGCUGUUGGAUGCUGUGGAAAAGUUGAUGGCUGAAGGAUCCACAUGCUUCACAAAGGACACGUUCACCAAGGCUCAGCUGGAGAAUGUUUCAAGACUUAAAGCUGAACUGCAGGAUGUGAAACAGAGAAGUGCGAUGGGAGGUGAUGAUGAAACUCAGAGCAGAGAGUGUCUCAGGAUGGUGCUGAUUGGGAAGACUGGCAGUGGAAAGAGUGCAACAGCAAAUACUAUUUUGGGCAAAAAGCAUUUCAAACCCAGAAUCCCCCCGAAGCCAGCAAACAAGUCUUGUCAGAAAGCUUCAGGAGAGAUUGAUGGACGGCGUGCUGUUGUGGUUGUCACCCCCAGCUUGUUCAAUACAACUGAUGUUGAAUUUCAACAAGAGAUUAAAAAAUGCAUCAGCAUGUUGUCUCCUGGGCCUCACGUGUUCCUACUGGUGCUGCAGCUUGGGAACUUUACACAAGAGGAGAAAGACUCUGUGGAACUGAUCAAGAAAUAUUUCGGCAAGAAAUCGGAAGAUUUCAUCAUUGUUAUUUUCACAAGAGGAGAUGAUCUGGAAGAUACAUCAUUUGAGAGUUACAUUGAACAUUGUGAUGACUUUGUAAAAAAACUCCUAAAUGACUGUGGAGGAAGAUACCAGGUCUUCAAUAACAAAGAUGACACAAACCGCACACAAGUCAGAGAGCUGAUGACCAACAUCGAGACCGUUGUGAAGGAAAAUGGCGGCUGCUACAACACUGAGAUGUUUGAGGACACAGAGGACUCCAUUCAAACACAAGUGGAGAGGAUUUUGAAAGAGAAGGAAGAAGAGAUGAAGAGAAAAAACAAAGACCUCCAGAGAAAACAUGAGGAAGAUUUGAAAUCACUGAAAAGGAAAACCGAAGAACAGCGUCGAGAAAUUGACCUGAGAACAAAACAGCUGAAGGACAAAGACGAAAGCAUCAACAAGGAGCGUGAGGAGAGGAAGAGAGAACGGGAGGAAGAGGAAAGGAGACGGAAAAAACAAGAAGAAACUCAGCGACAGGAUUGGAGAAGAAAACUGGAAGCUUCUGAGAAAAUUGUUCAGUCAGAAAGAGAGCAAAGGGAAAAUGCCGAGAGGAAGCUGGAGCAGUUUAGAAAAGAGAUGAAGAGAGAUCGAGAUGCCUGGGAUAAGGAAAGAAAGGACACCUGGGAACGAAUACGUCAGGAGGAUAAACAGAACCUGGAGGAGGAGAAAACAGGCUUCAGAAAGCUCCAAGAUGAGUACCACCGUAAAAGAAGAAAAUGGACAUACUCUGUAGUUGGACUGCUGCUGUUACUGUUAUUUUGUGUGUGUUAUAUAUUUCUGAGUUAGGCACACACACACACACACACACACACUACUGACAGCGUAGAGACAAGAGAACACACAGAAAGAGUAACUAAUAAACAGAGUGGUGAAGUGUGUAGAAAUGGGAACUACCCACCACACUACAAACAAAUAUCACGGCUCCUAGAGUCAGUUUCCUGUGACAGUGAUAUUAAUUAGGACACAUACUAACUAAAAAUAACUGUUGCCGUUUAAACAGACACUUUCAGUCCUGACUCAGAGUCGUGACUGACACUUGACCAGAAAGCCACUUAUUUGCUGUGAGAAUAGUCAGAAGAUCUGUGACCUGUUUUAUAAGGUGCGUGUGUCUGUGCGUGUUUAGCCGAGCUUAGUAGAAAGACUGGAACGAGCUCAAACGAGUCAGAAAACACUGCCAAACUGUGUUUUGCAUGAACUGAUCAGAUUUUGGUGGUCAUAGGUCAAAGGUCAAGGUCACUGUGACCUUGUCUGUCUCCUUCUCCCGAACAUGAUAUCUCAAGAACACAGUGCCAGAAUUUCUCCAAUUUGGCACAAAUGUCCACUUGGACUGGAGAGUGAACUGAGUAGAUUUUGGUGGUCAAAGGUAAAGGUUGCUGUGACAUUGCGUCCAUCUCAUUUUCGUGAACAUGAUAUCUCAAGACCAACUCAAGGCAAUUUCUUCUUUGGCACAAACGUUCACUUGGACUAAACAGUGAACUGAUUAGAUUUCAGUGAUCAAAGGUCAAAGUCACUGUGGCCUUGUUUGUCUUAUUCUCAUGAAUGUGAUAUCUCGUGAACACCUACAAGGAAUUUCUUUAAAUUUGACACAAAUGUCCACUUGGACUGAAGAAUAAAGAAUUAAUACAGGGUGGUAAUUCAAAUUUUAGCUACUGAGCUACCAAGUUAGUCACAGUUCACAGUAUGUAAAAUAUCGAAACAUCAGACCAUGUAGGGCAAGCUCACCUCAGCUUUGUAACAUAGCUUUCUAUUCUGUGUAGGUAAAGAUUUAUUCUCACUUAAAGGGUUAAUUAAAAACAUAAUUUACCACAAUUUUAAGGUAUUUUCAGCAAGAUUUUUUUUUAAACUGUUACCUUUAGCCUGUAUCUUGAAAUAACACUUGUCCUUAAAUGUUUUGUACGGCACAAGAAAAAUAUUUAAUGCAAACAUAACAGAAAUUAUCAUUAAUGUGAAUAAAAUAUAGCGGAUAAUAAAAAAAAAGUGAUCAAAGCAGCACUUUGGUUGUGUCCUGUUCUUUCUGAUGGAAAGUGAGGCUGCACAGAGUUCACUAAAUGAAUGCGUCAGGGUCACGGGGUCACGGGGUCACAGAGCAAGUUCAUCAUUAUGUUGACUUACCUUCCAUUUUGAUUUGAGUCCAUAACUGGUCCCAAGGAGACACUUCCUUCUCCUGACCACCAUUUAUUUUGCAGAGCAUACAUUCUUCAGAUGGCAUUUCCACCAUAACAUUAACCUAUUCUUUCAGUUCUGGGGCCUUUGCUUUCUUCCAGUGUCUUAGAAUAACUCAACAGACAGUUAUUAGACCAAAUGAAAAUCUACUGAAUUUAUGUAUUUUUUAUUAGUAAUGUGAUAGACAAUAUUCAUUUAUGAUAACCUCACACAACACAUUAAAACCUAAAAUUACGUCAGGCAGACUUUAAGAACUAUCUGGUAGAUUUUAGUAGAAACUUUGAAUCAGAAAUUUGAUUUAAUGAUGAAUAAUCACAACAAACUGUGGGACACAGACAUUAAAAUGGAAAUUAGUUAAUAAUUAAAUUAAUGCUAACUGAAUACACAAAUGUCCCACACAUGCACGAGGAGGCGAGGAGACAGUGAUGACAUUUGAAGUUUUACAAGCAGCAUCUAUAUUUCUGAAAUCUGGCGAAUGUCUGUGGGUACAGAUUCCACAUGGGCCUGACUAUGAUGCUUUAUGGAACUAUUCCUGUUCUAGAUGUUGACCUUUGACCCCCUAAGAAGUAAAAAAAAAAAAUGUGAUGAAUGUGUGUUUGACUUUAUUUUUCUGUGUUAUUCAUUAGUUACGAGGCUGCUGACCUCCCAUCACUUACACUGACUUGUGUCACUAUGUUGUAACGACAGAUCACAUCUGACACCUUUACAGUUAAGAAAAAAAGGUUUGAGGUUUAAUGUGUACAAUUAAUUAUAAAUCUUGACUACAUCAAAUAAAUCUUCAUUUUCAAACAGAACAUAUUUGAGGCUAAUAGAGACUCAGAGAGCUGUUGUCCUGUGAAAAUAACUAAAUGAAAUGUUUUCCCUUAUCUCAGUAUUUAGCUGCGGUCUGAUUGUCUCUGAAGCAGCUGCAGAAUGUGGACAGUCUGGACUGGCAGCAGGUUCUCACUGAUGUUUCUGUAUACUGGGCUCACACUGUGCAGCUUUACGUGACAAAAGGUCAUGACCGAGAAGCUCCUGGGGUGCACGUGUCCAUAGUGGCCUCUGGUGAGACGACUGGUGCGAAAGAAGAUCAACACUUCUGUGGAGCAGCAGCUACAUCAGCAGGGAAGGUUAGCUCUGAACAUCCUCGAGGCAUGUAUCCGGAGGUUACUCUUAAGAUGUUUUCACAUAUAGUCCUUUUUAAGCAAACCAAACUCAGUCCUCUUAAAGUGGACUAAAAAGUGGACCAACAGAAAAGGGACUCUUCUUUUUGUUCACACUGUGGCCUAUAUAUAUUUUGUAGUUUAUUUUUUACUUUGACGUGUCCCUGCAGAGUGGUUAUGAAGCCCCUCGCCCGCUCGCAGUAAAACCUCAGCGUCAAGUCAAAGUCAAGUCAAGUCAAAGUUUAUUUAUAAAGCACAUUUAAAAAACAACCUCAGUUGACCAAAGUGCUUUACAGUUACUGAGAUACAAUAUAAAUAAUCAAGAACAAAUAUAGUAAUAAAUAAAACAGUAAAAGGAAAUCAAUUUAGAACAAAGUUAGAAUAAAAGAGAAAGUAAGAAAGAAAGAGCUGAGAAUACUCGCCUAUCAUGGAUUGAACGCCACGGAGAAAAGAUGGGUUUUCAGCAGUUUUAAAGUGCUCAACAGACUGUGCAGCUCUAACCUGGAAAGGUAGGCUGUUCCACAGUUUUGGGGCCACCACUGAGAAGGCUCGGUCCCCACGGGUAGAGAGCCUGGACCGAGAUACUUCCAGGAGCAACUGGUUUGACGACCUAAGUGCCCUGGUAGUGGUGUGAGGCUGAACAAGCUCUGAUAAAUAAGAUGGUACCAAACAAUUUAAACAUUUAAAAACAAUUAAUAAAACUCUGAAAUGGAUCCUAAAAUUAACGGGCAGCCAGUGCAAAGAUGCAAGGACAGGACUAAUGUGAUCACGCUUUUUCUUUCCAGUCAGCAGGCGGGCUGCUGCAUUUUGGAGUAUCUGUAUACGGCGCAGUGCUGACUGGUCGAGACCAACAAACGAAGAAUUACAAUAGUCUGACCGUGAUGUAACAAAGGUAUGGAUAACUCUCAAAAUCAUUUCUGGGGAGAUAUGCCUUUACUGUUGCUAAUAGUCUCAACUGGAAAAAGCUUGUUUUGACUAUAGAGCUUAUUUGUUUGUCAAAUCGAAAAUCACUGUCUAAAAUAAAACUAAGGUUCCUUGUAAAAGGAUGACAGUGGGACUUAAGGGUCCCAAUGGCACUGUCAUAACCAUACAAGAGGUUUUGUUGGCCAAAUAAUUUUAUUUAUUUAUUUAUUUUUUUGUUCAAGGAGAGAAAGUUUACUUCCAUCCAGGACUGGAUGUCAUUGAGGCAGUCUAAUAAAACCUGGACAGAGGCUUGAUCGUUUGUUUUUAACGGCAGAUAGAUUUGUACAUCAUCUGCAAAGCAAUGAAACGAGACAUUGUGCUUUUUAAAAACAGAUCCCAAAGGUAGGAUGUAUAUUAAAAAAAGGAGAGGACCCAAAACGGAACCCUGAGGCACCCCACAGCUCAGGGGGGAAGUGGCCAAAGAAUACUGGCCCAGCUGGACAGAAAAGCCUCUAUCUGAGAGGUAGGAUCGAGACAACUUCAGAACAGUACCCCUAAUGCCCACACAAGUAUUUAAGCGUGACAGGAGAAUAUUGUGAUCAACUGUAUCAAAAAGCAGCUGUCAGAUCCAGAAGGACCAGGACCGCGGAGUUACCAGAGUCAACUGUUAAAAGGUCAUUUAAAGUUCUUAAAAGCACCAUUUCUGUGUUAUGGCGUAGCUUAAAACCAGACUGGACCUUCUGAGAAAUGCCAUUUAGAUCAAUAAAAGACUGCAGCUGUUCAUAUACCACCUUCUCCAAGACCGUAGACAGAAAAGGAAGUUGGAGAUGGGCCUAAAGUUGGAUAAGACUGUGGGGUCAAGAUUGUGUUUUUUGAUGAGGAUGGACCACAGCAUGUUUAAAUGCAGCUGGAACACAGCCAGUCAACAAAGAUAAAGUUAUCAGAUCCAUAAUACAGGGCCCAGUGAUAUGGAAAACGUCCCUAAAAAGACGAGGUAGGAUGCUGUCAAGAGGACAGUAGGAAGGUCUGAGUUGCUGAACAAUAUCAGUUAAGCCUUAGAGACUGAGACUGAGUGUUUCUGUGCUGAAGACUGUUGCCGUUUGAUGUAUUCUACAUUCCACAGCUGGAGACGUGCAGUAUCUUCUGUGAACUAAACUACUCCUCAUCCUACAUCCAAGCGUUACAGGCUGAUGUGGUUUUGUCUGUUGUUCAAAGCGUCCCAGCGCAACAGCAUGUGAUCUGGAGGACUUAAUACAACAGCAAAGAGCAAAGUGAACCUGGAGCACUUCGUGUUCACUUCAGCGAGAUCAGAGUUCUCGUGUUCACGUGUACAAAAAAAUGCUGAGUCACUGCUCUGAGAUCGUUUAGAGGGGUGAAAAGGACCAAGUGUGAAAACACCCUCAAUUUUCUGUGUAUAGGUGUAGAGUACUGGGAACUGGUGUUCGGCUUUCUGGUUGCCAUUUUGAAAACGUAUGCCUUUUUGCCCCUUUGACACAUUUUAUUGACACAACCUACCCAAGUAUACUUACACUGCCCAAAAUCAAAUCACAAGUUUACCUCAGGUCUUUAAAGUCUAUAGAAUAUAUUAUAUCAUCUCCACUGUCUGUGAU